GCCAUCAUGAGCGAUCUCGUAGGGCACACACAAGUAGCGGGUUUGACAUUGGCUGAUGCGCAUGAUCGCGAGAGCGACAUGCGUUUUGGAUAUAGUAUAUCUCGUGUGCAAGAGGACUUGGAGCUUCUCGGAAUCAUAUCCAGAGCGAGCUUUGUGCCUCCGGAGAACUAUGGUGGACGCAUACAUACAGCAACCACCUCACAGGCGGAUUUUGUGCCUAGCCAUGUGGGACAACAGCCGGCCGGCCAUUUCCAAAGCAGAGGCAAACUCGGACGUCAUGGUCGAAAAUACCUCGGCGCCGCAUUCACCGGUGCCCGAUGUACCAAUUCCAUUUCCUAUAACUCCCAUACAGCAACAGAUCACUCCCGAGUCUGACACUGCAGUAAUCACUAUCAUUUUUGCAGGGUUCAACGAAACCCUCUUGGAACCUCCUACCAGCUUCCUCGAGAUCGUAUCCGUAGAACCUCCUUUCACCCUCCAAAACCUGCUCUCUUCCCUUAUUCAGUCAUCCAUCCGCUCAGGGUCAUCCGCCCGCUCAGGGCGACUUCUGACUCAGUACAACAACACACCGGGGAGUGCUGAAGUUAUCUUCAUUGCCGCCUCUCACCACCCACUGGACGUGGCUGAACACUCUGCAGAAGAGUACUCCAGCUACCAGCGGGGAUUUCAUGAGCUUGGAAACCUUGCCACAGCCAUGGACAACCCGCUCUCGCCUGUUAUCGAGAGCUGUGGAACCGAUCUGGAUGUCCAGAGCAGCGCGCAGGUACUUCAAUAUGCUCGCAUCAUGAAUCCUACACUCGGCGACAAUGUACCUAUCUUUGCACUUUACUUCUAUCGUGAUCCAAUGGUGCAUGUGGCAGUUCCGGUUCCGGUUCAUAUUACUACCACUACUACCACUACCCCGACCACUACCCCGAUGACAACACACACACAAUCCAAUCACCAUCAUCCUAUCACAACCCAUGCGAACAACACUCAGUCCGACUCGGAGCUGCUCCGACAAUAUAUUGAGCGGACCUUUGUGGCCGAAACCAGCAAUAUUACAUCAAUCCGAGGCCACCAGGAGCAACUUCAAGUUCAGGGAUCUACUCGCCGUGCGCGUACUCGGAAGCGCGGACUGCCAUUGAACCUAUGGUUCUUCCGGUUUCGUAGUCUCAAGGUCAUCUUCGCCCAUUUCGGUAUCCCGCUGAACAGUCCUGUCCGCACUGCAGAGACGCGAGUGUUAGGCUCAGCACCACAAGGAGUAGGAUCCAGAGUGGAAGGAAGAGCUGCUCGGGUUGCAUAUGAAGACAUCUAUGAUUGGGCGGGCGUUGAAGCCAGUACCGCAGCAAAUAUUCGCCCACUCUAUCUUCAGCUUGAGGCUAUAUAUCGUGCCAACCAUCCUUCAGUUCAUGCUGAUACGUAUGCUGUCCUUCCAGAGGUACAGAAGACUGUAAUCAAGCAGGCGGGCGCCAUCAUUGAAGGGCCGUUCUUCAGUGGUGUUGAAGAAGAUCUCAGGGACGAACAGAUGCCAUGGCUGACUAUGACGCGGGCUGCAUGCUCCGCUGUCCUAGAAGCUUUUCACAGGACAUCGGGUCAGUUCAUAGGACAAGACGGUGCUGCAGCAGGUUAAAGGAGAGAUCAUGUCAGUCACACUGAUAAUAUU